CUCAAAUCAGUCAUACGUCUGGUCGAAAAACAACCGCAAGGUCGCUCCCAUCGAACCGCCACCAUGGCGACCAAACCCAACAAAACCCUCUUCACCCUCUCAACCCCAUCGUCCUACUCCUCCACCGGCAAAGCGACAGUGACCUGCACCGAACCCCGCCCAAAAGUCUACCUCCUCACCUUCUCCUCCCCACCGGACAACCGUCUCGCAUCUCCCUUCUGCACCACCCUCCUCCUCGCCUUCGACAUCCUGCACCAUCGCUACCCGCCUGGAGUCAUCAUCACCACGUCCGCCAUUGAGAAGUUUUACUCCAAUGGAAUGGAUAUUGAGCACUCCCAGGUGACGAGGAUGUAUUUCCCGGACGUGCUGUAUCGGUUGUGGAAGAGGGUGUUGACGUAUCCGAUGCCGGUUGUGGCGCUGGUGAAUGGGCACGCUUUUGCUGGUGGUGCGAUGCUGGUGGGGAUGCAUGAUUAUCGAAUCAUGAAUCCUCACAGAGGAUACAUAUGUCUGAAUGAACUGGAGCUGGGUAUGCCGAUGCCUCCGGCUAUGCUGGGUGUGUUCAAAGAGAAGUUGAGUGGAGCGACGUUUCGGAAGCUUGUACUAGAAGCACAUCGAUAUAAGGCGCUCGAAGCUCUCGAAGACGGCUUGGUCGAUAGUGUUGGCGGACUGGAUGAGGCGCUGGCUUUUAUCGAAGAGUUCCAGUUAGUGAAGAAAGCUCAGCCGGGCGCUUCGGGAAGGUCAGUGUAUGGAGAGCUGAAAAGGGAGAUGUGGCGGAAGACUGUUGAGUACUUGGACGAUGCGGUUGGGGAAAGCCGACGGCUUGAGACUGUGAGAGAGGGGAGAAAGAGGGAGGAGGAGAGAAGUUUGAAGAAUGUGGAGAGUUGGGAGAGGGCGAGGGCGAAGUUGUGA